GUGCUUGCCAACAAAACACAACAUGGCGGACAAGGAGUGUGAUUGUCCGAAUGACGCUUGCGAAAGACAAGUCAAAAACAGUGAGAGCAAGCUAAAAGGCCCCGAGAAAGAUCUACAGACGAUUUUCAAGAAACUCAGGGUCGACAAUGGACCCAAAAGGCUUCAUAGGAAAGCACGACUUGGAGUUCUCAACAACUUAAGAAACAGAGACAAAGGAAGCAAACAGAUCGCAAGACGAAUCCUCAGGGAGCCAAUGUUUAUCUACAAGAAUCAACAAACUUCAACAAUGGUCAACAAGAAUCAAGCUCGUGGUAUCAGACGAAGGAGACGCAAAAUGAGCCUUGAAUUAAGAAAUGAAGGAACUUUAAAAGACCAAAGAGACUCGCUAAGUGACAGUGAAUUGGAAUGCAAUAAAUCACCUUCAGCUAAGAGCACCAGCCUAUGUAAUGCCAAUAAAGAGAGUAAAGUUGAGCAAAAGCCUUACUUUCAAUCCAGGGAGAUGGCAGCUGAUUGUAGCAGGCAGCAUAGACGAUUAGAGUGUGCAAAUGUACAGAGACAUGCAGGAAUGAAAUUUGAUGACACAACACCUGAAGAGUUGGCGGCAUAUUUUGAUCAGCUUCUGUAUUUUCCAAAGCCUAUGUCAGCUAUGGCUGAAAUGAUGUAUACAUAGCUUUGCGUAAUCUGAGUUCAGCUAUACUCUUGUAUGUAAGAUCUUUUUCUAUUGCAUGUGUUUUUGCCCAUUGAUUCUUAAGGUAGCAAAAGAGUUCAAAGUAGACUAACUGUUUUGACAAUAAUGUGUGCCUUAACAUUCAUAAUUAGUUAUUUCAUUAAUAAAAUAAUUUAAAAGUUGAGAAACAACUUUGGAAUAAAUAUAAACUGUAGAUUAAUUAUCGUUUUCUGCUCCUUGUUGUUAAGUUUUGAACCACGUAUCAAAUUAAAAAUCUUUGUAGGUGGUGACACCUCUACGAAACAUUGUUAGAGCCAGCAACAGGCUAGAUGAGGCACUUGCCUUGUCUAGGUUUUAUCCCGAAAUUGAAAAAGUACUGUUAGUUGGAAAAAUAAUUUCCAUUGAAUGUUUACCAUAAUUUGGGACAUGAAAAUAUUAAGCCAGGUAAUUAAAGUGAGUGAAUUAAAGGAGAGAGACAAAAAA